AUGGAUGCGCAAGAUGCUGUCGGGUCCGACAAGACGAAGCCUGCCGCAUCACCCAAACAACGAUCGACGCCCCAGCCUGACGAGAAUGCGAGCGUAAAGGUGGCCUCGAAGUUUUCCUCGUCCGACGGCCCCUCCAAUCCCGCUCCGUCACCCACGAGAGAUUCCAAGCCGGUUCUCAACCCCCCACGCCCCGCGGAUGCAGACGACGAUGCCGCCUCAGGCGACCGUGACUCAGAUGCCGAGACCAUCGUGCUGCCUGGUAAGGAUGGUCACUCGCCAUCCAAGGUGAGAAAGGUAAAGCACGAGGACGGGAGCGAUGCCGAGGUACAACGUGGCAGGAAGCGCAGUGGCAACGGGUCGAGUCGAGACGGCGACGCUGGGCAGGGCGGGCCGCCACCUGUCAGCGACGCAGCGGCUGCCUUGACACAACACAAGAAGAGGCUCCGCGUUGACAAAGACACGCUUCGACCCGAUAAACCUUUGAAAGGUCAGGAAGGAUCAAGCGGCCUCAGCUCUGCCCCCACCUCGCCCCCUCACCACCGAAGACGAACAGGCCCUGUCGCUCACGAUUCCGAGUCUGACGCCGACCGGCGAAAACGAUCUCCCAAGCUUUCCAUGAAGGACAGAGCCAAGUCCUCCGACCAGCUGGUGUCCCACAAGCGCAAGGCGUCCAGGGUUGGAUCAGAAGAAGACCCAGAGGAGCGUAAAGCUGCUCGUCGCCGACGGAUCGAAGAUCGAGAUCGCGCCGACUGGCUUGCUCCCAAAGAAGGCGUCAAGGGACAGCAAAAAGACCCGAAAUCUGCUUCCUCGAGAUGGCGGAACGACAGCCAGUGCCGAUCUGUCUCUCCUCCAGCGCGUACUCAUCGGAGGAGCAUCUCAUCGCAACUUCCCUCUCAACAUUCAAACGGCUUGAGUCAGAAGAAGAGGCGGCUCCCGCCUCCCCUUCGAUCAACUGAAUACCACUCUGACGAAUCUUCGGCCAGCGGCAGCCCUCAUCCGCGAAGCUCAAAGAUGAGAAACUUGUCAACGCCUGCGACAGCAGACCUCAACAUGUCGCCCGCCAAAAUGACCCAGUCCAAGAAGCACGUUGAUGCGCAUGGGCAAACUGCUCUUGCUCGCGCCUGCAACAAGGGCGAGUAUGAUAUCGCGAAGCAGAGACUGGCGGAGCGACCAGGCGACCUCAACGUAGCCGAUUACGCCGGGAACACCCCGCUGCAAAGCGCAUCCAUCAACGGUUUCGAGGAUAUUGUGAAGCUACUAAUCGAGGCCGGAUGCGAUGUCAACUGCAUGAACUCUGUGAAAGAUACGCCUCUGCUCGACGCUGUUGACAAUGGACACCUUGAGGUCGUGAAGCUUCUUCUUGCGGCUGGCGUGAACCCGCGCAAGGCGAAUCUGGAGGGAGAAGAGCCUUUAGACAGGAUUAGCGAUGAUCUGGACAACGCGGAAGAGAUACGAGCUGCGCUUGUUGAAGCGAAGCAGAAAUCCAGCGACCUCCGACGAACUUCAGAAGAACACCACCACGCGGACCAGCCAGACCAACUAUCACAUGGACCGGACAGCCCCCGUCGUUCACCAGCACCCACGAGUCGCCGCCCUGUCAACUCGCGGGCCACCAAGAUUGGCAAUCACCAUCUCUAUGUGAACCUUGACGAGAAGACAUUGAGGGCGGCAGCUGCCAAGGGUGACGAGGAGACCGUUACGAGAGUUCUUCAAGUCAAGGAGCGAUAUGACGACCCUGAGGCCAUGGUGGCGGCUGCACGUGGUGGCCACAGCGUGGUCAUGGAGCUGCUGUUGGCGCUUGGUGGCGCAAACCCUGAUCCGGCCCCAGUCUCGAGCCUCCCAAGCGAGUUCGCAACGCCAAUGCUGGCUGCCAUCGGCCAAGAGAACAUUGAUGUCCUCAAACUUCUCUUAAGCCAGGCAAACUUUGAUCCGACACGCAAGUACCGCGGCUCGUAUUACUACCAGAUUGCUCAACAACGACAGGGCACCAAUUGGAAGGAGGAGGAGGAAAUCUUAAAAAACGCCUUCGACGCUUAUAAGAAAUCCCCUCGCGACGGCAAGACGAAAUCACCUGGCAAACGUGGUCAGGAUUCGAAACGACCAGGAAGGAAUCUGGUCAAGGAAGAGCCUGUGCCCCAGCGGCGAAACCUGUCGAGCCCCACACGCGACGGCGAACCCAGGAAAAAGGCGGUUCCCAGUCGCGCCAUUACAAGCCCGAAGGAAAAGCGACGAUCAGACUCCUUCACCCACCAAGACGAGCAGACUUCUCCCAAACGCGGGUCCGCAAAGCUCAAGAAAGACGAACGCUUGCCAGCCGUCGCAGCUUCAGACCGUGAGGCCUCUCCUGCAACAUCACAAAAGCUCGGUUCGAAGCCGAAGAGGAUCGAAUCAGAUAUGGCGGCCUUAUCGUCAGAGGGUGAGACCGUCAAGCCACGUAGGAAGUUGGUCUCAAAGGGCGAGCUCCGUGGUGAACGAGACAAGCAACGCCGAGCCAGUAUGGUGUCGACCACAUCCUCCGUCAAGGACCCUGCGAGCCCUCGAGAUCCGAAACAUGAUGAGACUGCCGAAAGGCCGAAGCCUGAGCUCCUCACCGAGAAGUACCAUGACAGGACCAAGGCUCUUAAGAGGGACGAGUCUCGCGAGAGGUUGCCGGGGUCCGGCGAGCCUCCUUCCAAGAGGCACCGCUCAAGUGUCACACCACCACACUCCAGCAAGUCUGACAGGGACAACGCCGAGGGUCCUGCUAAGAGAAGGCGACUCGACACGGAAGGCAAGGAACGGCGUCAAAGAGCAGCCGAUUCUGCUGACGAACGAUCUCGCUCGACCCAAGACGGUUCCGCAAAACCCAAAGCUUCGCUUCGGGAGACCGAUGGUGAUGGACAAAGGACAACACUGAAACCAAACAGUGACACCGAUUCACAUCGCAAGGACCAUACCAGGCACAGUGACAGCGACAAAUCGAGCAUCCAUGUCAAGUCCGAGGAUGUCGAUGUCGAUAUGCGAGACGCCCCUCCCCCGAAGGCGCCGAAGGAACUGGAUGAUGAGAAACGACGACGGGACGCAGAUGUUGAAGCCAAGGACGCACGGCGAAAAGAAGAACGGCAAAAGGAAGCCGAUAAGAAACGGCGCGAUGAGCGUGAAGCCCGUGAGCGUGAGGCUGAGAAGCAGCGCCUGGUUGAGGAAGAGGAGGCCAAGCAACGUCUGGAAGAAGAAAAGAGACGUAAAGCUAGAGAGGAGAAGAGACGGCUGGCUGAGGAAGAGAAGUUGCGCAAGGCUGAAGAGGACAAGAGGAUCGCCGAAGCUCUUGCUGAGGAAGAACGUCUGAAGCGGGAGGCUGAAGCCAAGGAGGCCGAGGAGAAGAAACAACGGGAAGAGGCCGAGGCGCAACGUCUCCGUGAUGAGGCGGAACGCAAGCGCAUCGAAGACGAAAAGCGAAGGCGCAAGGAGGAAGAGGAAGAGAAGCAACGAGAGGAAGAGCGCGUCCGUCAAGAAAAGCUUGCGCGUGAGGCCGCAGAGCAAGCCCGUCGCGAGAAAGAGGAGCAAGCCCGCAAAGCGCUCGAGGAUCAAGAGCGACGAGAGCGUGAGGACAGGGACAGACUCGAGCGUGAAGCUCGUGAGGCAGCGCUACGCCAAGCUCGCGAAGACGAAGAACGAAAACGACGUGCUCUGGAACUUCCUCCGCUCCUCCGCUGGCUGGAUCAAUGUGCCGAUCCCUGCACAUUGGACAUCGCUUCAAGGUUCCAGCAUAUUCAGGGUGUUCGUUACGACACGGUGCGUCCUGAAGCCGUGGGCACUCCCGAGGGCAGAGCGCAGUGGGUUUUCAAUUUCCAGGUUGCCCUCAUUCUAGGCGAGAAGGAUCUCCGCCUAGGCAAGUACCCUUCAUGGGAGCGCCUGCUCGUCACGGACCUCGCAAAACCCGACCUCGUCAGAAGGGCCUUCUGGAGACUGGAAGCAGAUCAGUACGCCCUCACUUCGCACAAGUAUCGCGAUCUCGGUGCUGAACUGCCAAACUACUAUGGUGAAGGCCAGGAUGCUAGUGUGGUAGGUUCUUCUGUGCUGGGAGAACUCCGCAGGGAUGCGCAAGCCAAGUUCUUCAAGAUGGACAUGUUCUUGGUCAAGCUCUCGGACUUUCUUAGUGUCAUCCCUACCAUCGCUCAUCUUCAAGAUUUUCGACUCAGUGUCGAAUAUCGAGAAAUCCCAGAAGAUGAAGCACAAGAGCGUGCCUAUCAAACGCCAAGGAGAUAUAGACAAGACCCCGGAUCCGAGCGCUUCAUGGGGUUCGCUCCCCGCAACACAUAUUACGUCAACGCACAAAAGGUUGCAGAAGACCUUCCAGGUCUCGCAGCCACAAGCAAGGUGCCGUUUCCUGAUCACGAGAGGCGUGUUCCAAGACGCAAUGGGCUCCAACAGGUUUUCCCUGGAGAGCCUGACUAUGCGAAGCUCUGCUUUGCACAGGGCCUAGGGCACCUGGUCAAUGCUCGCAAGAGUCCCUCUCCCUCCAUCCCUAAUGGCGUGCACCCUUCGCCAAUUAGUCAAACUACCGAUAUCGACAGUGUGCCCGAUGACCACACCGCGCGGCCAACUGUGGUUUCUUCAACCACAUUGGAGUCAGACAGCCAAUCGCAGUUGGUGAAUGGUACCCACGGCAAUCAGGAAACGAACCCUGCCUGAUCAAGGGGUGCGAAAUCAUAUACAUGACUGAUCUCGUCUGCUCUGACCUUGACGAUAAUGAAGUACGAUCACUCAGCAGUAGCCCUGAAGCUCAAGCUUUGGUUCGAAAUCAUCACUCCUCUCCCUGCAAGAGGCUUUUCUUUAAUGACACGGAAACGUUUGGACGCUGUGCACUGGGCAGUGGGCAGGUGCUCAUGGUGUUGCAAAUAUAUGUAUGGCUUCGCAGCAUCGGAAAGACACUCUGGCUUAUUACUGGAGCGGAAAUGGCAGUUGUGUUGCCAUCCUCUCCUGUCGGGCUGUUGUACCAUUCGACGAAGCGACUUCAUAGUGUUCCAUGGAGUUGGGCAAAGUGACAGACAUGCAAUGCGUUUGUCUUGAUUUAUGUAGCCAACGAAACACACUUUUUUUACUGU